GCAAUCUAUUAGGGUAGGUUACUUGGUAGGUGCAACCUGCCAGCUUGCAACAGUACGCACUUUUAAAGAGUCUCGACUUGUCUCUUAGCCAGAUCAAGUUUCUCAUCCUGUGGUCGCAUCAGUCACUCCUGCAUCAGGUUUCGAGAUAAAGGUUUAGCCUCGAUCAUAAACCGACGACGAGCAGCUAAGAAACCACCGAACUGCUCUGAAUAAGAUCAUUAGAUUUCCAAUCGCCGUAUCAUAGACAACACCUUCGCAGUAUUCAUCUUAAACCCGUUUCUUAAAUCCUCUACGAAAACAUACACAAGAUGGCGUCCAACGUCGCGAAGGCGGUCAAGAGCGCCCUGCCCUCCCACCUCAAGCCCGAGUCUGCUGAGACAAAGGGCGAUUCCGAGUUUGCUCCCCGCCACCAUGGCAAGACUCAGUCUCACAUGGCUUUCGAGAAUGCCUCCACAAACAUCGCUGCUGCCCAAAUGCGCAACGCGCUGACUGCGCUCGCGGAGACAGUCACUGACGAAAAGCAAAAGAAGCUGUUUGAGACCGAGAUGGACAACUUCUUCGCGCUCUUCCGCCGCUUUGUUAACGACAAAGCCAAGGGCUCCACAGUCGACUGGGACCGUAUCGCACCACCUGCACAAGGUCAGGUUGUUGACUACGAUGACCUGGCAAACUCGGAGUCUGUCGAGUUCCUGAGCAAGCUCGCAGUCCUGAAGCUGAACGGUGGUCUUGGUACCUCGAUGGGUUGUGUCGGACCCAAGUCGGUCAUUGAGGUCCGAGAUGGCAUGUCCUUCCUCGACCUCUCAGUCCGCCAGGUCGAGCACCUGAACCGCACCUACGGCACCAACGUUCCGUUCAUCCUGAUGAACUCGUUCAACACUGACGAGGACACCGCCUCCAUCAUCAAGAAGUACGAGGGACACAACGUUGAUAUCAUGACGUUUAACCAGUCAAGAUAUCCUCGUAUCCUCAAGGAUUCUCUCCUACCCGUCCCCAAGAGCUACGAUUCCAACAUCGACGCCUGGUACCCUCCCGGCCACGGUGACGUUUUUGAGUCGCUCUACAACUCCGGAGUUCUCGACAAGCUCAUUGAGCGCGGUAUCGAGUACAUCUUCUUGUCUAACGUUGACAACUUGGGUGCCGUUGUCGACCUCCGCAUCCUUCAGCACAUGGUUGAGACUGGUGCCGAGUACAUCAUGGAGCUUACCAACAAGACCAAGGCCGAUGUCAAGGGUGGUACAAUCAUCGACUACGAGGGCAAGGUCCGCCUUCUCGAAAUCGCCCAGGUCCCCAAGGAGCACGUCAACGAGUUCAAGUCUAUCAAGAAGUUUAGGUACUUCAACACCAACAACAUCUGGAUGAACGUGCAGGCUAUCAAGCGCGUCGUCGAGAACCACGAGCUGGAGAUGGAGAUCAUUCCCAACGGCAAGACCAUUCCUGGUGACAAGAAGGGCGAGUCGGACAUUUCCAUUAUCCAGCUCGAGACCGCUGUCGGUGCCGCCAUCCGUCACUUCAACAACGCUCACGGUGUCAACGUGCCCCGUCGCCGCUUCUUGCCCGUCAAGACUUGCUCUGACCUGAUGCUUGUCAAGUCUGAUCUCUACACGGUCAAGCACGGCCAGCUGCAAAUGAGCGCCGCUCGCUUCGGCGAUGCCCCGCUCAUCAAGCUAGGAACCGACUUCAAGAAGGUCUCGGACUUCCAGAAACGCAUCUCCUCUAUCCCCAAGAUGAUCGAGCUGGACCACUUGACCAUCACCGGCGCUGUCAACCUGGGCCGUGGUGUCACCUUCAAAGGUACAGUCAUCAUCGUCGCUACCGAGGGCCAGACCAUCGACAUCCCGCCGGGAUCCAUCUUGGAAAACGUGGUCGUGCAGGGUAGCUUGAGGCUCUUGGAGCACUGAGCCAUUAUUGCGUGGCGGACAAUGGUGCAUGCCAUCUCUCAGCUAGUAACUUAAUGAAUUCUGUUUUUGAUGAUCGACUACCCCCUUGGGCUGAAAGAGGCCACCAUGCAAGCAAGGGCAAUAUAAUAGCAUGUUUUUAUGUACCCGGGCAUUUCGUCCAGAGACAAGGCGUAAUAGUGGAAAAAAAGUAGAAAAAAGCGAAUUAAUUAUCACGGCUCGUAUUCUACUCCCUGCAUGUUUUCACCCCCCAUCCAGAGUUUCGGCGCGCUCAAGGUCAGGGAGUGCCGAGAAAGUACGAUCUUGUUUCUGCGCGCUUAUGUCUUUCAAUCUCAUAACUAAUCCUUGAAGUGAUUACGUUUUGACCAACGAAAUAUAAGAACCAAAACUUACAAGACCGAAGACGAAGCGACACCAAACAAUACGUGAGAAUAGUUGCUGUCCCAUGUCAGCUUUGAAAACAAGUUGCCCGGAUUUGGCAACAGACCGUGGCCUUCCUAGGUUGCGCUGUGAGCCUCGUUACUGAGCUCUAUAGUUACAGUCUCCAGAAACCGGGAGUGGGAGCGCGGGGGAGGCGGGGCACCAUGGCGAAGCGCCUUAACGACAUCAGGGCCGCCCGUUCGCUGUGAGUUGGCAUGUCCGUCUAUAGGCAUAGAAUGUGGCUCUGCCGACGCGCCCUCAACUGGGAACUUGUUUUUAUUCAGGUUGGUGGCCAAGCAGCUAUCAUGGCCACCGGCAGCAUUUGGAUCUGCAACAAGCGGGCCAGAGAGACGCUAUCUCUUCUUGUUCCCAGCCUUGGCGAGAACCUUGGGGUCCUCCCUGCAACGGGGGCAAAACCAUGCGCCGGCUGGCUCCGACUUAAGGUCGACACAGGACCAAUGAAACCACUCAAGUGGGCAAUCCGGAUUAUCACCUGCCACCAUAUUGCCAAAACUGACGUUUUGGCACAGGCAGUACUUCCGGUCGUCGCCAGCUUCCUCGUCCUCAAGGUCGACCAUCUCCUCAUCAUCGUCCGAACCGUGCCGCUCCUUCUUAAGAAGCGUGGCUCCCGAUGCUGGUCCCUCACCAUGACCUCCUCCAUCCUUUCGGGAAGGUACCGAAGUUGGGGCACUGGGCGUACCAGUGCGGGACCUAACUUCGUCGCCACUGGCCGACAUGUCGUCGGAAAGCUCCGAGUCGGCGUUGGAAGAUGGCGAGUUCUUUGCUACGCGCUUCACCCGUGACAGACCCGACUUCGUAGUGCCGCCAGAGGCCCCCGGUGUCUUCUUUCGCCCACCCGUAGAAGACGGUGUUCCUUUCCGUCCAGACGAUGCCGCUGCCGCGCCCUUGCUGGAUGCUCUGGGUCCGGCGCUACCUGCUCUCUGCAAGCCAGUAGCCGUGUGUCCCUUGGGCGUGCCAGGUCCCAGUGACGAGUGUCUAGCCAGAUUGCUGGUGGGUGUCGCGGCGCUGCCAGCUCCGCCGUUGAUGCGUGGGCCCCUCUUAGGAACUCCGCCACUAGGUCCGGCCGAAACCUCACGUGCUUGUCGGCCCAGAAUUAUGCCAGCUGCUGGCGUUGCAGGCGCCGAUGCAGAGUUGUGUAGCGUUUGUGCGGUACGAAUAGAUGAGUUCCCCGCGCGAGCUGUGGCCGUUGUGGUAGCCGAGUUCUGACUUUGGCUGUGGGGAAUGUUGGUAUUGACGGUAAGGGACACUCGAGAGGUUGACGGUGGUGGGUUUGCGUUCGGGCGAAGGAGGGAUGGGAGUUCGUCAGGGUCGGUAAAGCCGGGUUCGUUUCUAUCAGUGAGAAUCUUGAGCUGCUUGUCCAGCUCGCGAACAUGUUUGUCCAUGAUCAACUUCAUCCUCUCGGAAAGGGCCACCUUCUCGCCGGCAAUUCGAUCAGCUAUAGCAUAGUUUUCCCGGAUUGUGGCACGAAGGCUAGCCUCCUUAGGGUUUUCUGCAUGGCUUCCGUGAGCCUUGAUGUAUUUCUGGAUACGGCUGUCACGAUCCUCAAUGAUCUUUAUGCAGUCAUUAUACUGCCUGUCCUUGUCCAAGAUUUCAUCUUGAAUGAACCGGAUUUCCUCGGGCAAGUUCUGCACACGGUUGAUCCAGUCAUCCAAGAUCAGGGAGGGGUCGAGGCUUUCGCCUUGGGGCAUCCUCUUGACAAAGUCGAUUGACAGGUCGUCUCUAGGCAUGGUAGUUAAUAGCCGUUGAACCUGCUGAGUAAGGUAUUAUAAUAUAGCCUGCGAUAUGACGCAACGAUACUCGGUGUAGCAAAGCGGGCAAAUAGCAUGAGGUCGCGCCUCGGUCUGUUUGAGAGAUGGCAGAACGCCUUGAAGCGAUGGCUUUUGGAGCGCAGACUACCUCCCGUCGGCUCACAGGCGCGACGUGGCAGGGACAAUCUGAAGUGUGAACGAAACGAGACGCGACGACAAGAAGUGAAUCGACAGGCGCUUGUCAGAGGCAAGAGGGAGCGGCAACCAAACGGGACAAGACGAGGCGCGGGAAAGCCAGAGAGGGAUAUCAAAAAAAAGAAAGAAAAAACAAAGAAAGAAAGAAAGAAAGACAAAAAUGUACCGGCGACUUCCGAUCAAUAUGUGGUAGCCAGAACGAACCAAUCAACAAAAAUAAGGUACCAAACAAAUCAAGGUAAGGUAGGUAGGUACCUUAAGAUUUGUCAACUGGACGUUGCUGGGUUUGCUUGCUGAAGGAGGCUGGGAGGUGAACAGGGAGGCGCGACAAGGUGACUGGGCUCUUGACCAAAUAUUUGUCCCUUCUCUUAUCACAUUGAUGGGCGUGACGCGUUUUGACAAAUUGAGCGGCUCACCUCGACGACCACAGGAGCUUCCGCCUCGUUGGUGUCGGCGCGAAAUGGUAUCGUGCUUGUGCAGUAGCAAUAAAAAGAUACAAACCCCGAAGGCGCAAGGGUAUAACUGCGAGGGAGGAUGCUAGUGAUGAAGAAGUUAUCGCGUAGAUAAGAUGGAUCUCCUCCAGAUGAGGCAGGGUAGGGUAUGGUACGUCGGGUCAGGAUGGUGAAUGACGAAGUGCCAACCGACACGCAGAAUUAAAUUGAUUAGGUAGGUAGAGAAUUUCGCGACUCGAUUCAAUUUGCUGCCUGCC